ACGGAUGUCACCACGCACGGCUCUCGCACAUGAGGUCCAUACUCUUGUUACCACGCCCUCGUAUUUGCUUCUUCGUAUAUAAGCUCGUCUCGUUCCUAUGAGAAUCAUUCUUCGGUUGGAAGUACUCUAGUCCGUACGCAAUGGCUGCUAAGUUCGUCGUAGUGCUCGCGCUGGCGGUGGCCGCCCAGGCGUCAGUGGUGCCCGUGGGAGUCGCGCGCGCAGACGACUACACCAGCUUCGCGUACGAUGUGGCCGACCCCAACACCGGCGACUACAAGAGCCAGGUGGAGACCCGCGUCGGCGGUGUCGUGCAGGGCCAGUACUCGCUUCUGGACGCUGAUGGCACCAAGCGUACCGUCGAUUAUGCCGCUGAUGAUGUCAAUGGAUUCAACGCUGUCGUGCGCAAGGACCCUGUUGCUGUCGCUGCGCCCGUUGUGAGCGCGCCGGUAGUCGAAGCCGCUCCCGCUGUGGUUGCCGCGCGCACCGUCGCCGCCCCUGCCGUGUAUUCCGCUGCUCCCGUGGUUGCCGCGCGCACUUUCGCUGCUCCUGCCGUGUACUCCGCCGCUCCCGUGGUUGCCGCGCGUACUGUCGCUGCUCCUGCCGUUUACUCCGCUGCUCCCGUGGUCGCCGCGCGUACCGUUGCCGCUCCCGCUUUAUACUCCGCCCCUGUAGUUGCCGCACGUACCGUUGCUGCUCCCGCCGUCUACUCGACCGGUGUGGUUGCUUCAGCGCCCGCUGUAUAUGCCGCUAGCGCCCCCGUGGUAGCCACCCGCACCGUUGGCGUCGCCGCCCCGGCCGUUUACUCCGCCCCUGUCGUCGCCCGCACCUACGCCGCACCCUCCGUAUAUAGCUCUUACUACGGCACCCCCUACACCUACGGCGCGUACGCUGCUCCGGUAGCUCAAUGGUAACUUUAACGAAGCCUUGUGUCAAGGUUCCUUAGCGAUAAACCACGACGUGUUCUUCAUAAUGUAAAUAACUUAUACGACUUUGUACAUAUGCAGUACGUAUGCGAAAUACAAACUUUUUAUACUUAAAA